AGACAAUGUAGAGACACGGCAUCCAGACACCAUUAACUCAGCAGUCUUAAUUCUUAAUCUUAAUUCUUCUGCAGGACUCCAAGUUUGUCAUCCAGGUUUUUAAUUUUCAAUUAUGGGUUAUUUUUUUCCCUCCAUCAUCACAGACUGAAAACAAUGACUUUGGAAGCGCACUGUGAGAACUUAUGUUUGUUUCAGAAGACGUUUUGGCUUCAAAUGUUUUGUUUUUUCUCGUACUCUUACUGAUAACCUCUUAGGAUAACCUGAGUCUUUUUAUUUAUUGAUCCCUUUUUCCUGGAGUAUCAUCCAUUUUUGUUUGGACUCCUUUAAACUGCAUUCAGCGAUGCUGACUGAGCUGAACUUCGGAGGUAUGUCUGUGGGGUCAGAUGUCUGCGAUCUGACCCUCUUGCCUCCAGCACCCCCUGUGCCAUCUCUACCAGGAGCUGGAGGGAUACCUGUUGGCGGCGGCCAAUGGACCCAGCUGCUUGACCUUCACCCUGGCUCUCCCUACAGCACCCUGAACUCCCACCACUCCCUGAUAAAGCAGGAGCCCAGCUGGGGGGCCGCUGACCUAAAUGAGGACCCGCACUGUGGACACGGGGCCUUUACCGUUCACUUUUCCGGCCAGUUCACAGGCUCGGGCCCUUGUCGGGUCGGCACCUUUGGGGAGACACCCGCGACUCAAAGGAUGUUUCCCACUGGGGCCUACCUGCCCGGCUGUGUGGACAGCCCACCUCCGACCAGGAAUCAGGGUUAUGGAGCAGUUGGUUUAGACAGCAACCCCAGUUACGGUCACACACCCUCCCACCACACUCCCCAGCUCUCCAGCCUGUCCUUCAAACACGAGGACACGCUGUCACCGCCGAACAGCAUAGUUGACCAGCAGUAUUCCACACCAAAUCCCAUGUUUGGCUGCCACAGCCCUCCAGAAUCCUGUCCAAGCAAUCAAGCUCUGCUGCUGAGAAACUACAACAGUGAUAACCUGUACCAAAUGGCAUCUCAGCUGGAAUGCGUCACAUGGAACCAAAUGAACACACUGACAUCAACAAUGAAGAGCAGUCAUGCGAUGAAUUAUGACAGUGACCCGCCACCUCCAGCCCCGCCCAUGCUCGUCAGCGCCCAGUACCACAUUCACACACAUGGCGUUUUCAAAGGACUCCAGGAUGUCAGACGGGUACCCGGUAUUGCUCCUCCAGCAGCAAAGUCUGCAGAGGCCAACGAGAAGCGCCCUUUUGUGUGCACUCAUCCCGGCUGCAACAAGAGAUACUUCAAGCAGUCGCAUCUGCAGAUGCAUGGCCGAAAACAUUCAGGAGAAAGGCCUUACCGGUGUGAUUUCACGGAUUGUGGCCGCAGGUUCUCUCGCUCAGAUCAGUUAAAGAGGCACCAACGCAGACACACAGGAGUGAAGCCCUUUGAGUGUGAGACCUGUCAGAGAAAGUUCUCACGGUCAGAUCACCUUAAGACACACACUCGGACUCAUACAGGUAAAACAAGUGAGAAGCCCUUUACUUGCCGCUGGCCCAACUGUCAGAAGAAGUUUGCCCGCUCUGACGAGCUGGUGCGCCACAACACCAUGCACCAGAGAAACCUGACCAAGCUGCAGCCUGCCAUCUGAGCAGCGAGAGGCUGGGGAGUAACAUGAAGAAGAAGGUGACAAUAUGUUGUACCGGCUCACAGAGAAACAUGCCUGGAGCCUGGUCAGCAGUUUAGGGUGGCCUGCCAGACUUGCUGAAGCGGCGAGCACAGCUGACGGCGGCAUCAGUCAGACAUCUGAUGCCAGAAGAACAGACUGACUAAAAUCAUCAGGAUACUCCUCAACCGCUGCUCGUUAAGGUUAUAUCACAUUAAAUCUCAGACCUUGAGAGGACAGAGUGCCACACAAAUUCUGAGCCAAGAAUAUGUUUUGCUGUUUAUGGGCGAUGAGGAAAACAUUAAUACACUAUUCUAUUGUUAUGUACUUGCACUGUUUUAUUUUUGUUUGAUUUUUGUCUGACUUUGAAAAUGUUAUGGAUUUUGCAUUAGGAUCACGAAAACGGACUCUUAUUCCCACUUUUUCGUCUGCAUUUUUAUAUGCCUUAAAGUAGGUAUUACUCACCAAAGUGCUUUGUAUAUAUCGUAUGUGGUGCCUUUUUGUAUAACACUCCAGACAUUCCUUAGGCAUUAUCUGUGCUGUUUCAUAAAACUGAUUUGACAUCAGUGUUCUGUGUGAAAGACUGCGUGUGAAAGACACAGAGUACUGGGUGUUGUCAGAAUAAGAGAGGCCACCUAUGAGCAGUGUUGGUGUGUGUUGGCGGUGAAAGACAGUAAAAUGGUGCCCCCCUGUGACUCUGACAAGAUGCAGGUCUGACCCUCUUAAAUCUCUGACACACAUCUUCAUAACCAGUAACAUCUGUGGCCCAUUAAAUCUCAUUAGAGAACAUAAAGGUAUGGUUUAGGUCUACUAGACUUAAGCUAAACCCCCCAUCUGCACAAGAAAAUCAUCAUAAUCAGGACGGGUCCAUCUCAAUAAAUUAUAUCAUUGAACAGUGAAUUUAUUUCAGGAAUUCAAUUCAAAAUCAGAAACUCAUAUAUAUAUAAUAAUGUUAGGUGCUUAUUUUUUCCUCGUUAAGAUUUUGGCUCCCAGCUAAUGAAACACUUUGUUAUAGCAAAAUUUCACUAUGACAUGAAACCAAAUAAAACACAUACAUAAAAUAAAAUUAAAGACGGUUGUUAUAGAAGAUAGCUGGUCAGACAGUUCCCUAUCCAAGUAUAUCAAUGGAAAGUUAAGUGGAAGGAAAGAGUGCGCUAGAAAACAGCAACUUUGAAUCGAGUGUAAAUCAAAAUCCAGUGAAGGGCUGGCUAUGGGGAAAUUCAGAAGAUGUGGACAGCAGUUUGAGGUAAGGACACGGGCUACAACAGACACGUUCCUUGUGCUGAACCUCUUCUAAACUCAAGUUACUUUGGCACAGAACAAUUUCCUUCCUGCAAUGCCACAUUGAUGUGCUGUUUAGGUGAGGGAGCCCCAACCAAGUACAGAGUACAUGUACAUAGAUACACUCGUCAGUACGCUGCUGAAAUUUCUAUCAUAAAAAGCUUGUAAUUGGUCUUUUUAAAUAUGACUUUCUGAAAAUGAUUUUGGGGUUUUAUGAGCUGCAGGCCAUAAUGAUCAAACUUACCAGGAAUAAAUACUUAAAAUAUAUCGCAAUCACAACAGACUUUUCUAUUUUGAGUAAAAAUACCAUCAAAAUAAACUUUUAGAUGAUAUUCUAACUUUUUGACAAAAUAAAUUUGUCAAAACUGUAUUUUGUCAAGCUCAUUUGAAGAACAAAUAAGCGUGUCCUUCAAGCUGAUCUGUCCACUGCUUGAUUUCUAUCACAUUUGAGCCACAUGGUGGCAGUGUCAGCAUGUUCAGUCCAAAUGGGAUUUACUUCAGACUUCAGACUGCAUAUGUCCGCUCUGCUCUAGGCCUUCUUAGUACUAAAAAAUCCACAACAGUUUUGGUGAUGUCAGUGAAAGGGAGAAACAAGGGGGCCCAUUCAUAGUGAGCCUGGCAUCAUUAAAUAUACAUGUUGUGGAUGGAGUUGUGUGUCAGCUUGUGUGCAAGAGAUGAGAUGAUUCAGCCACAGCAGGUUUGUUAAUAAAACAUGACUGAAUGUGGGCAGAAAGAGCUGCUGCCCAGCUAGCAGGGAAACUUUUGUCAUAUAACCGGAAAAACAAUGUAAACACGCACAUGCAGGAUGGGUAUAUUUAGAAGCGGAUUAACAUAUUUCACCCUUCAAUGUAUACAGACACAACCUAGAAAUAGACAUGCAAAUAGAGGGCAUUCAGACCACUGUCACUAUCUGCACUUGCUGUCAAGAACCAAAGAAUUCACGACAACUUCAAGCACCUUUUUUCAUCUGCUUCUUCUUUCAUUUGUCUGACAUUUGAAAUGUAACAAACUAUCUUGCUGCUUCUGGAUCAAGGUGAAUUAUGACUCAUCUGCAGAAUCAUGUAUUUCAGAAAGUUUGGAUUACGUACAUUCAGGUAACUUCCCUUCUCCAAGACGUCUAUUGAUGUGACUAUCUAGAUAUAUAAUUUGUUUUACUGGCUUCUCUUUCACUCUACUUUUCUGCAGUGGUGUCAGACUCUCAAUCGUCAACUUUAGCUAUUGAAGAGUGAACAAAAGUAAAUUUUUACUACAGUGUCUCCCAUUGUUGCACCUGCAGUGGUUAAUUCCUGCGGCAGAAUCUUACAGUUGCAGAGCUUACAAAGAUUAAAAUGCUUUCCUCCUG